CGCGCCGUGGAAACGGAGGUACGGCUCUCUGACAUUCUAUGCCAGCACAAGUCACUGAGACUCAGUGAUGAACGCCUUGGUGGCUCUUUGUCACUUUUGCGAACUCCAUGGCCCUCGAACCCUCUUCUGCACCGAGGCCCUUCACCCACCGUCUCCUUCGCCUCCUCAGCCAGGCCUCUCUGUCCCUGGAGAGAGGGACAGGGAGGGGGACCGAGAAGGAGAGGGACUCACUAUGAGGGCUAACAGCUCUGCAACACAGCGGGCAGAUAUGUGUGAGGGUUGCCGUUCCCUUCCUGCCUCUCACCCGGGGUUUGUUAGCACAGACAGUGAGACAGGAAUUCGAUUCCUCAGCCACCAGCAUCCUAGACAGCCCCAGCUCUUCAGUGUGGUCCGGCAAGCAUGCGUUCGAAGUCUCAGCUGUGAGGUGUGUCCUGGGAGGGAGGGUCCUAUAUUUUUUGGAGACGAACAGCAUGGCUUUGUCUUCUCCCAUACAUUUUUCAUCAAAGACAGUCUAGCCAGGGGUUUCCAGCGCUGGUACAGCAUUGUCAUAGUAGCCAUGGACCGGAUCUACCUCAUAAACUCUUGGCCUUUCCUGCUUCGACACCUGCGACUCAUUAUACAAGGCCUACAAAACACAGCACUGAAGGUCUUUGACAGUGAACAGUGUGUGUGUCCUCAGAGGGCCAUGCGGAUGAACAGUGUGUUCUCUCCAGCUGUCUUCCCCCACCAGAGGAGUGGGAACGCAGCCCGUUCCCUCCCUUCCCUGACCCAGCAUCCGAACCUGUGGGCAAGCCUGCACUCCUCUUUUAGCUGGUUGCUGAAGGCUUGUGGUAACCGUCUGACAGAGAAGCUGCUGGAAGGGGCCCCCACAGAGGACACGCUGGUGCUGAUCGAGAGACAGACAGAGCAAGAAGAAGAGAUGAGCGCCUGGGAAGGAGCAGAAGGAAGCAGUUCUUUAUCUCAGCACAAACAAACAGAUGGUGAAACCGGGAGAGACUUUUUGUGUGAAGGUGGAAAAGGUGAAGAGUCACCAGGUCCAAAGUUCAAGUCUUUGAGGCAUCUAAGACAGGUUCUUGGAGCUGUAGAAUUUCGACAGCUGGCAUGGCAUGUACUCAUGGGAAACCAGGUUAUUUGGAGAGGAGCAGACCCUUCACUCAUUCAGUCAGCAUUCACUGUGCUCAAGGCUCUGCUUCCAGUAGGCUGUGUGCGGUCUGUGCCUUACAGCCAUCAAUACGAGGAAGCUUAUCGCUGCAACUUCCUUGGCCUCAGUCCAGAUGUUUCUAUCCCUGCACAUGUUAGCUCUUCAGAGUUCUCAGUACUGGUGGAUGUGGUCAAUGCAGAGCGGGGUUCACUUUACCCUGCGGUCUGUGACGAUGACAUCCUGUCCCUUUAUCAAUUCAACAUCAGCAGUGCGAACACACAGCCCACGGACAGAGGCCCCACGCUUCUCAACAAGAUUGAGGUAGCUCUUUCGAAUGAGAACCUGUCGAUAGACGUGGUGUCUCAUUGUCUCCUCUGUCUUAAAGAGGAAUGGAUGAACAAAGUCAAAGUGCUCUUUAAGUUCUCCAAAGUGGAUGGACGAGGUCGAGAGGACACACAGAAGGUUCUGGGCCUCCUGGGGGCAACGGGACCUGGAGAAGAAGACAAUGUCCGAUUGCUGAAGUUCUGGAUGACUGGGCUAAGCAAGACUUAUAAGAGUCACCUGAUGACUGCAGUCAGAGGAGGGGAGAGGAUGCUUAGUCAGUGAGAGACAUUAAGUAUGUGGUUGAGUGGCACAAAUACCAGACAAUGGGGGGGAGAAAAAGGGAACCUUUGGUAAUAAGGUAAGACUGUUAUAUGUAGAGAAGGAAUAGGUGAGGGGGGCAAAGUAAUGAAUUGUCUGACGUUGGUGGGUACAUGUAUUGUGCUGUCCUUUUGAAACACUUGUAUGUUGACCCCUUUAAACAGCUGCUCUGGCAGUGUCUACAUAUCCAUGAACAGAAGUACUGCAUUACUAAUUGUAAUGUUUUAUUUCAAUGUAUUUUAGAUGCUUCCCAGAAAGGUGAAUAACAGAAACUUGAAGAAAUGCCUAAUGUAUGCAUGUUUAAGUUAUUGUAAAAGUAAUAUUUGAGGUAUUUUAAUAGUUCAGUAUUAAAAUG